AUGCUGGACCCCAAGGACUCUGGAGUGACAAUGACGUCUAGUCAUAAGAUUUCCUUUUCCAUAAUCGACAUAUUGGAUCCAAACAAAUUCAACAGCAAGAGGGUGAAUGAACUUUCCGUCGCCAAGGAGAAGUUUCCUGCGCCAAAUGCAGAAGGAGCAAGUUUGGACUCGGACACCAACACGGGAGGAGAGCUCGGAGUUGAGCGCACGAAAGGAGCCGGCACAGGUGAUGAGCAGGCUGCUGCAGUAGUUACAGACCCAUUUCUGCUGUCCUCGCCGGCUGAAGCGGAGCCCUGCCUCACCAGGGACCAGGACGAGGGGGACGGAGAGUCAGCGGUCACCCGGGACGCAUCACCCCACAAGCGGCGCCGGUCAGACCAGGCCUGCGCCAAACCGCGACGAGCCAGGACAGCGUUCACCUACGAGCAACUCGUGGCCCUGGAAAACAAGUUCCGUGCAACUCGGUACCUGUCCGUGUGUGAAAGACUGAACCUGGCCCUGUCCUUAAGUCUGACCGAAACCCAGGUGAAAAUUUGGUUCCAAAACAGGAGAACAAAGUGGAAAAAGCAGAACCCCGGCGCAGACAGCACCCUGCAGCCGGGCUCCAGCUCCCUGGUCAGCGUCAACCCCAGUCCGUCCACUUGUGGCUCCGGUUCCGCCACUUUCCACCAAACUUUCCCGUCCUUCAGCUCUGGGAAUAUGAUCUUUCACACCGCCGGUGCUGUUCCCCUUCCAUCCACUGGAGGGCUCUUGCAUCCUUUCAUGUCCAACGGCUUCAUGCAGCCCUCCUACUUCACUCCACAUUUAUGA